AAGAAGAGGGCGUGUCCUGCGCCAUCUUGUUCCGUAGCCUCUUGUCAGGGACACUAAGGGCACCAGUGUGACCGGCGGCAGUUGUCUCCCUUCCCUUGAGCUUCUGCGGUUCCGCGCCCGGCACCAUGUUGUCUAGAGCCUCCCUGGUCACAGUUGCCAGCUUAAAAAAGUCGGCCCCUGUCACUGCUGGUGUCUUGAACACAUGCCGGUCCUUCCACACUGGACAACCUUCCUUGGCUCCUGUACCUCCCCUUCCCGAGAAGCCAGGGAAAGUUCGCCAUGGAUUGAUUCCUGAAGAGUUCUUCCAGUUUCUUUAUCCCAAAACAGGAGUCACAGGCCCUUAUAUGUUUGGGACUGGUCUUCUUGUCUACCUCCUGUCUAAAGAAAUAUAUGUCAUAAACCAUGAAACCGUCGCAAUGCUUUCUAUGGGACUUGUCAGCGUCUAUGCAAUCAAGAAAUUUGGUCAUAAAGUGGGAGAAUUCGCUGACCAACUUAAUGCAGAGAAGAUCAGUAAAGCUGAGGCUGUGAAGGAAUCUGCAAUCAAGGACCUUGAAAUUGCUAUCGAUGCAGAAAAGAAGGAGCAGUGGAGAGUGGAUGGCCGACAACAUCUAUUUGACGCCAAGCGGAACAAUGUGACCAUGCUUCUGGAAAUCAACUACCGUGAAAGGCUACUUACAGUCUAUAGUGAAGUGAAAAAGCGUCUAGACUACCAAUUGGCGCUGCAGAAUCUCCUGCGCCGCAAGGAACAAGACCAUAUGAUCAACUGGGUAGAAAAGACUGUGGUCCAGAGCAUAACUCCUCAGCAGCAAAAAGAAAGCAUCGCCAAAUGUAUCGCUGACCUGAAGCUUCUAUCCAAGACUGCACAAGCAACCGCUUGAAUUUUUUAUUUUGACUGUUGAAUUGUACAGAUAAGGGUCCUAACUGUUCGUCAGCUGUACCGUGGAGAACGCAAAUACAUAUUUCUAGACACUG